UUUCAUAAUAUUAGAUACCAAGUUAAAAAAAGAACAAAUUUUCUAAAUUACCAUAUAUAUACUUUCUUAAAAGAUCUAUAAAUUAAGAUGGCAAGUGCUCAAUACAAUGCUGGUGAAUCCCAUGGCCAAGCUCAGGCCAACACUGAGCAGUGGGUAGAUUCUGCUAAAGGUAUAGCAAAUUCUGCUGUUGACAAGGCUGAAAAUGCUACCCAAAGAGCAAGUGAGUCAGCUGAACAAAACAAAGACCAAAAUGCUGGAUUCCUUCAGCAGAAAGGAGAGCAAAUGAUGCACAUGGCUCAAGGUGCAAUUGAUGGCGUGAAGAACACUCUUGGAAUGGGAUCAGAGAAGAAGUAAAUCAAGAGGAAUUAAACAUAAGUUUUAAUGUCCUUCUCAUUUACAGAUUCAUAUUUUUAAAAGUUUCCUGUGCCGAUAUAAUGGGUACAAGUGAUAAUAAUAAAUUAAUAAUAGUAGCUUGAUUUAGUUUCUUGUUUUAAGAUCUCUCACAAACAGCAUUUUGACUAGAUAUGAUGCUUAGGGAGAUGUGAUUUUAUAUUGUAUGUAAUAAAGCUGCUAUAAGAUAGUUUUUUUUGGUUUGUUAAAUUCAACUUUUUUU